AUGGGAACUGGGAAGGGCACAGAGCCGGGAAGCGGAGGCUGUAAUCACCUAUUAUGUUAUCCUGACAGGUCUGCAAAUGCCACCCAUGAAGCCAUCAAUGUCACCCUCCACACCACGCUGGCUGCUACUACCAAGCUGGUGGUACCUACACCUGCUAAGCCCAUCCUUCCAGUUCAGACUGGAGUCCAAGCCCAGCAAGAGGAGCAAUCUAGUGGCAUGACCAUUUUUUUUAGUCUUCUUGUUUUAGCUAUUUGCAUCAUAUUGGUGCAUUUACUAAUAAAAUACCGACUUCAUUUUUUACCAGAAAGUGUGGCUGUUGUUUCUUUAGGUAUCCUUAUGGGAGCUUUUAUAAAAAUCAUAGAGGCUCAAAAGCUGGCCAACUGGAAGGAAGAAGAAAUGUUUCGGCCAAAUAUGUUUUUUCUGCUUUUGCUUCCACCUAUUAUAUUUGAAUCUGGAUAUUCAUUGCACAAGGGUAAUUUUUUUCAGAACAUUGGUUCCAUCACUCUAUUUUCUGUAUUUGGCACUGCAAUAUCAGCUUUCAUUGUAGGUGGAGGAAUUUAUUUCCUGGGCCAGGCUGAUGUAAUUUAUAAACUCAACAUGACAGACAGUUUUGCAUUUGGAUCUUUAAUAUCUGCAGUUGACCCUGUGGCUACUAUUGCCAUUUUCAAUGCCCUCAAUGUGGAUCCUGUUCUUAACAUGCUGGUUUUUGGAGAAAGCAUUCUCAAUGAUGCAGUCUCUAUUGUCUUGACCAACACAGCAGAAGGUUUGACAAGAGAAAAUAUGUCUGAUGUAAGUGGAUGGCAAACCUUCCUACAGGCACUGGGAUACUUUCUUAAGAUGUUCUUUGGCUCUGCUGCACUUGGCACUCUUACUGGUCUUAUUUCUGCAUUAGUGCUAAAGCACAUUGAUUUAAGGAAAACACCCUCCCUGGAGUUUGGGAUGAUGAUUAUCUUUGCUUACCUUCCUUAUGGACUUGCAGAAGGUAUCUCACUCUCAGGUAUCAUGGCAAUCCUCUUUUCUGGCAUCGUGAUGUCCCACUACACACACCACAACCUGUCCCCAGUUACACAGAUAUUAAUGCAGCAGACACUGAGAACUGUUGCUUUCAUGUGUGAAACGUGUGUUUUUGCAUUUCUUGGCCUGUCUAUUUUUAGUUUUCCUCACAAGUUUGAGAUGUCCUUUGUCAUCUGGUGCAUAGUGCUUGUUCUGUUUGGUAGAGCAGUGAAUAUUUUCCCACUUUCCUACCUACUCAACUUUUUCCGUGAUCACAAAAUCACCCCCAAAAUGAUGUUUAUCAUGUGGUUUAGUGGAUUACGUGGAGCAAUUCCCUAUGCCCUCAGCCUCCAUCUGGGCUUGGAACCCAUCGAGAAGCGGCAGCUGAUCGGGACAACCACCAUCAUCAUCGUGCUGUUCACCAUCCUGCUCCUGGGGGGAGGGACCAUGCCCCUCAUCAGGCUGAUUGACAUUGAGGACUCCAAAGCACGCAAGAGGAACAAGAAGGACAUUAAUCUCAGCAAGACAGAGAAGAUGGGAAAUACCAUAGAAUCUGAACAUUUAUCAGAGCUCACAGAGGAGGAGUAUGAAGCCCAGUACAUAAAACGCCAGGACCUGAAAGGGUUUAUGUGGCUCGAUGCCAAGUAUUUGAAUCCUUUCUUCACCAGAAGACUCACGCAAGAAGAUUUGCACCACGGGCGCAUCCAGAUGAAAACCCUGACAAACAAAUGGUACGAGGAGGUACGACAGGGACCCUCGGGGUCUGAAGAUGAUGAGCAGGAGCUGCUAUAG